ACAGCACCCGAAACGAGGCAGCUGCAGCAGCAAGAAGGCAAUCAAAGCAGUGACGAAGCAAGCUUUGGCCUCCGAGUCGCGGCGACUUGUCCCCGAGGCAGCCAUGAACCACGAUUAGCCGGCACGCGGACAUUAUCGCUCCUAUCGACUCACGCUCACGAUCGACCAUAUCCGACAGCACAAUGCCGCUCAUCCUCUUGUCUGGCUAUCCGUCCAGCGGCAAAACAUAUCGCAGCCAGCAGCUCAUUGAAGUUUUCAAUCGAAAAAUAUCCGAAUCCAGCGAGCCAAGAGUCAAGCGCCUGAAAAUCCACCAUGUCAAUGACGACAGCCUGGGACUUACUCGAGAUGUCUACGCUGCUGCACGAUCCGAGAAGGAUGCUCGCGCGACUCUGUCGUCAGCCAUCAAGCGCAUCCUGACACGCGAUAACAUCGUCGUAGCCGAUGCAAUGAACUAUAUCAAAGGCUUCCGCUAUCAACUCUACUGCGAAGCCAAAGCCGUACAAACGACGAAUUGCGUGAUUCACGUAGGAACACCGGCAGAUAAAUGUCGUGAGCUCAAUGACCAGGCACUCAAGGAUUCGACUGGAGGCUACGCACCAGAAGUCUUCGAGAACUUGGUUUUUCGUUACGAAGAGCCAAACGGCAUGAGCAGAUGGGAUGCUCCCCUGUUCACUAUCCCUUUCGAGGAUGCCGAGCUGCCAUAUGAUGCAAUCUGGGAAGCACUAAUCGGGUCGGAUGGGAAAGCAAAGGUCGUGCGGCCAAAUGCCGCGACGGUGCUAAAGCCAGCGGCCGAGCAAGGAUAUCUCUAUGAGCUCGACAAAACCACCUCGGAUGUGAUCUCGCUGAUUACUAACUGGCAACAAGACCAUGUUGGAGAAGGUGGCGGUGAACUACAAGUCCCUGACACGGAGUUGGUAAUCAGCUUGCCAAUGAACUCCCCAUCAGUCCCACAGUUACAACGACUGCGCAGGCAAUUCAUUGGGUUGAAUCGUCAACACAGCUUGAGCAAAGCUCGCAUACGCGAUUUGUUUGUUGACUAUCUCAAUGAUGCUUUCCAGAGCUGAGAUUUAAAAGGGCUAUACGAUCUCUCGCGCCCGUAGUUAUAUCGAAACGGAUUGCGAAAAUUGGCCAUGCGCCAUAAAUCCAACCAGGCCCGCGACGUCCUGUGUGCGAAACGCCAUUGAAACCUCCACCAGUCAUGCAUUAAACAAGAUUCCAACCAAGGCAUCAAGGGUGUAUUAGCGCCUUCAAUAACGAUGGAAAAGAACACCUCCGGUAACCUCUGGCAGCGGCUCCAUGGCACCCACUGAUGUCGUCUCCCAUCAACAUCUCCCUAGGCCGUUAACCAUGGGAGUGUCAUUUGGGGCUGAAGAACCAAAUCCUCCUGAUCAUCCACGGAAUGGCAAUACCACCGAUCCUGCCAACUCGAUCACUCUGCGGGCUGCAAACACGCAGUUCCGGGCCCAUAGGAAUAUCGUUCCAGGCGUGUGCUGAUCUCGAACCCAGAAGGCCUCGCGACUGCAGUUCCUGCUCAUACGAUCGUUGUUC